GAUCCAGAUGGAGAGAGCAAGGAGGAGCUUGAAUCCAUGGACGAUAGCAGCCAUUGUCGUGUCAGUGGUAGUGGGCCUGGCCCUCAUCAUUGGUUUGCUCACGUUUUUUCUGUGCCGUGACCAGGACCGGUACUACAAUGCAUCCUUCCUGAUCACCAACGUCAAGUACAACUCUCAGUAUGAGAGGCAGACCACGGAAGAGUUCAGGCGCCUGAGCCAAGACAUUGAAACCAUGGUAUCUGCAAUAUUCAAGGGGUCCUUCCUAAACAGAAGGUACAUCAGGUCCCAUGUUUUCAGGCUGAGCCCAGAUCCUGGUGGAGUGUUUGCGUCUGUUCUCCUGGUAUUUAAAUUUCCCUCUGCUGACAGUGAGGCAGUGACCUGGGGUCAUGUCAACAGAGUGCUGCACAGAAGGCUGAGAACGAUCUCCUCUCCUUUGAACAUUGACCAGUCCACCCUCAGCCUCACAGAGCUGAACAAGGAGAGGGGAGAUAACCUUUUAAACAACUGCUGUGGGAUCCGGAGAGAGGCCUUCUCCUUCACAGGAGUGGAGAGGAUCAUCGGCGGGCAGCGCGCACAGGAAGGAGAGUGGCCAUGGCAGGCCAGCAUCCAGCUGGAUGGCACCCACCGCUGUGGUGCCUCCAUCAUCAGUAACACCUGGCUGGUGACUGCUGCCCACUGCUUCAGAGGAGGAAGGGAGCCUCGCAGGUGGACUGCCAGCUUUGGAAUUCUGCUGAGGCCUCCACAACAGAGGAAGUUUGUCCGAAGAAUCAUUAUCCACGAGAACUACAGCGACUUCCUCCUGGAUCACACCAAUGAUGUGGCGGUUGUGGAGCUGGCCUCUCCUAUCGAGUUCACGAGUGACAUACACAGUGUCUGUCUCCCAGAGGCCUCUCAUGUUUUCCCAGUUAAUGCCUCCUGUUUUGUCACAGGCUGGGGAGCUUUGGAGAAUGAUGGCUUCAGUGUUAAUCAUCUUCGACAAGCAGAAGUGAAAAUCAUAAGUACAGCCAUUUGUAAUAGAAGAGAAGUGUAUGGUGGAGCAAUAACACCUGGAAUGUUGUGUGCUGGAUACUUGGAGGGGCAGGUGGAUGCCUGCCAGGGUGACUCUGGUGGACCACUGGUGCAUGCAAAUUCCAGAGGAAUCUGGUACCUUGUGGGAAUAGUGAGCUGGGGAGAUGAAUGUGGCAAGGAGAAUAAGCCAGGAGUGUACACACGAGUGACUUACUACCGAAACUGGAUCUACUCCAAAACGGGCAUCUGAAGGCUGCAGCGGAUCAAGGGCUGUGAACGAAUCCUCUGGCACGUUCUGCUCUGUGGUUACCCUCUCAGCAGCUGCUGGCUUUUCUUGUGGUCCUGCAUCGAGUGCCAGCAAGCUCAGAGUGUCUGGGGCUUGAAACUGGUUUGGCCUACAGCCAGAUAGGAAGGGGCUUGAGCCACAUGGCAGCUGUUCAUUCGGGAAGUGCCAAAGGGACAGUGGCCUUUGUCUGGAUGGAGUGCACAGACCCUUUUUCCUCUGUGCUCAAAUGUCUUGUGUCUGACUUGAAAACCAGGCCAAGCAUUUGAACUCAAUCCCUUAUCAGCAUCCAAGAGAAGUUAUCAUUGAAGGAUGGCCCACCCCCUGGCUGUGUGCUUUUGAGGCCCUGCCAGACUGCAGGCCAGCUACAAUCCAGCCCCUGACUCCAAGGCUGCUGUGUUCCUCAAGUCUCUAGUGAAGAACAGAAGAUAGCUUAGAUUCCUGAUAUCACACUGGACUGUUACCUAGAGGAAU